AUGUUUUGCAGAUAUUGUAUUUCGUUUUCUAUUUUGAAAUGUAUAUGUAUUUAUGUAUAUGGUAAAACAACUCAUUUCCCCGAAUCGCACUUCAAAUUAAAUGGUACAGAAAACCAAAGCUCUCAAAAUCUUUUAAGAAUACGAGCAGAGGAUAAACAACACAAAAGUGGAAACCCUGUCGAGGAUGAUAAUAGUUCUCCAGUUGGUCCUGUUCGCGGCAAUCGAAAAGCUAGGAGCUGUUGUCUUCGUACGGGUUAUGGACUGGAAAAAUGACCUGGUUAUCCAAAGGAAUUAUUCGAACAUAUUCGAAAUUAUUAUUUUGAUGGAAAAAGUACCGAUGAGAAAAUUCCACUUGCGGUCGACGUAGCAUGUGGAAGUGGUCAAGCAACAGUCGAUCUCAGUUCGUAA